AUGGCCACCGGCAAAAUUGUACAGGUAAUUGGUACCGUAGUUGACAUCGAGUUUCCCGCCCAGGAGUUGCCCAGUCUCUUCGACGCGGUGGUGGCGGACAACAACGGCGAACGGCUGGUGUUGGAGGUCCAACAGCACAUGGGCAACAACUGGGUGCGUUGCCUUGCCCUGGGUGCGACCGAUGGUCUGGCGCGCGGCGUCGAGGCCAUUGACACAGGAGAGCGCGUGACCGUUCCGGUAGGGCCUGAAACUCUCGGUCGGCUGUUCGACGUUACGGGCACCCCGCUUGAUAAUUUGGGACCGGUGGAGACCCCUUUGCGCUGGCCCAUCCACCGCGACCCGCCGGCAUUCGACGACCAGAGCCCCAGCAUCGAAAUUCUGGAAACCGGCAUCAAGGUGUUUGACCUGAUCACUCCCUUUAUGAAGGGCGGCAAGAUCGGCGCCUACGGAGGCGCCGGGGUCGGCAAGACCGUGAUCAUUCAGGAGCUCAUUCGCAACAUUGGCGCGGUCCACCAGGGUGUGUCGGUGUUUGCCGGCGUGGGCGAACGGUCCCGUGAGGGCAACGACCUCUGGCACGAAAUGCAGGAUUCCGGAGUACUUUCCAGCACUGUGUUGGUCUUCGGACAGAUGAAUGAAUCCCCUGGUGUGCGCGCUCGUAUCGGGCUGACCGGGCUGACCAUGAGCGAGUAUUUCCGGGACGAGCAGAAUCAGGACGUGCUGCUCUUCGUCGACAACAUCUACCGGUAUAUUCUGGCCGGCAUGGAAGUGUCGGCGCUUCUAGGCCGGAUGCCCUCGGCGGUGGGAUACCAGCCCACUCUGGGCACCGAGAUGGGCGCACUCCAGGAACGCAUCACCUCUACUCGGAGCGGUUCCAUCACGUCGUUCCAGGCUAUCUAUGUGCCUGCCGACGACUACACCGAUCCUGGUAUCGUCACCACCUUUGGCCACCUCGACGGCGUGGUCUCACUUGAACGUUCGCUGGCAGCCCAGGCUCUGUAUCCGGCGGUGGAUCCGCUGGCGAGCUACUCCCGCAUGCUCGAACCCCGCAUCGUGGGUGAGGAGCAUUACCGGCUGGCCCGUGGCGUUCAGCAGGUGCUUCAGCGCUACCGGGAGCUGCAGGAUAUCAUCGCCAUUCUCGGUAUCGAAGAGCUGUCCGAAGAAGACAAGUUGACGGUGUUCCGCGCACGCAAGAUCCAGCGGUUCCUGACCCAGCCGUUCUUCGUUGCGGAGACCUUCACCAGCCAGCCUGGCAAAUAUGUUCCUCUGCGGGAAACUGUCCGCGGCUUUUCCGAAAUUCUCGAUGGCCAGCACGACGACCUUCCGGAGCAGGCCUUCUACAUGGUCGGCACGAUCGACGAAGCAAUCGAGAAGGCCGAGGGAAUCCGGGCGCAGGGUAACAGACCGCUAUGCCGAUGA